AAUAAAAACGCCCCCGGAACGGGAUGGUGCAAAGCUCUGCCUUCCCGGUUUGGGGAAAAAAAAAAAACAAAAAAACCAAAAAAACCCCCAAAAAACGGCGGUUUUGGGUUAGGUCGCAAUGAAAAAGGGCAGUUGGGCCACGGGGACACGAAGCGGGUGGAAGCCCCGAAGCUCAUCGAGGUGCUGGGGGGGGAAGCCAUCGUGCUGGCAGCCUGCGGCCGCAACCACACCCUGGCGCUCACAGAGAGCGGCUCCGUCUUCGCCUUCGGGGAGAAUAAAAUGGGGCAGCUGGGGCUGGGGAACCAGACGGACGCCGUGCCCAGCCCCGCGCAGAUCAUGUACAACGGGCAGCCCAUCACCAAACUGGCCUGCGGGGCGGAAUUCAGCAUGAUCAUGGAUUGCAAAGGAAACCUCUACUCCUUCGGGUGCCCCGAGUACGGGCAGCUGGGGCAUAAUUCGGACGGGAAGUUCAUCGCCCGGGCGCAGCGCAUCGAGUACGACUGCGAGCUGGUGCCGCGGCGCGUGGCCAUCUUCAUCGAGAAGACCAAAGACGGGCAGAUCCUGCCCGUCCCCAACGUGGUGGUGCGGGACGUGGCCUGCGGGGCCAACCACACGCUGGUGCUGGACUCGCAGAAGCGCGUUUUCUCCUGGGGGUUCGGGGGUUACGGGCGGCUGGGCCACGCCGAGCAGAAGGACGAGAUGGUGCCGCGGCUGGUGAAGCUCUUCGUUCCGGGGCGCGGGGCGGCGCAGAUCUACGCCGGCUACACCUGCUCCUUCGCCGUCAGCGAGACAGGCGGCUUGUUUUUUUGGGGCGCCACCAACACCUCACGGGAGUCCACCAUGUAUCCCAAAGCCGUGCAGGACCUCUGCGGCUGGAAAAUCCGCAGCCUGGCCUGUGGGAAGAGCAGCAUCAUCGUGGCGGCGGAUGAGAGCACCAUCAGCUGGGGUCCCUCGCCCACCUUCGGGGAGCUGGGCUACGGGGACCACAAGCCCAAAUCCUCGACGGCUGCUCAAGAGGUGAAGACCCUGGAUGGGAUCUACACAGAGCAGGUGGCCAUGGGCUACGCCCACUCGCUGGUCAUCGCCCGCGACGAGACCGACGCCGAGAAGGAGAAGCUGCGCAAACUGCCCGAGUACAACCCCGCACCAUCUGAGGAGGGGGGGGGGCAGGGG